AGCGCCGUAGACGGAGUCGGAUCACGAGAAGUAUCGCGAAGAGAGUAUCUUUCCGUGACAGAAAAACGAAAGAGAGAUAAAGAGAGAGAGAGAGAGAGAGAGAGGAAGAGAGGAAGAGAAAGAAAAAGAAAAACGGGCGCUUGGUAAAGGUUCGUAAUUGCACGUGUACACGGUUGAAUUCGACAGCUGGACGAGGAGAGCAGACAAACCGAAGCGAGAAACAGAGAGACGGAACGAGAGAUCGAAGCGCAGUUGGUGGUUGGCCGAAGCCGAAGCUUUGCGCCGCCUCUUCGCUCGUCUCCUCCGAAUUGAUUCCACGAGCUGUCGUCGUCCGCGCAUCGCCACUUUCGUCGCCACGAUCGCAACGAACGACAGUCGCGCUGCUCUCCGGGAAGUCUCGUCGUCGUCGUCGCCGUCGUCGUCGCCGCCGCCGCCGCCGUUGUUGCUGUUUUCGGUACUCUCGCAGCACGGAUAUACGUCAGUGAAAAUGCGGUGGUGACAGUGACGGAUACCGAAGGGGAGGAAGGACUCCGAAAUUGUCACGCAACAGGGUAAUUGUCAUUAUUGUCGUCGAUCGUGUGUCGCGCGCAAAUAUAUCAACCCCCGUUCGUACUCGAUCGAGUCGACGUCGGUUGAACGAAAAAAAAAAAGAUAGAAAGAAAGAUAUAUAUACAUACACACACACAUAUAUAUAUAUAUAUAUCUAUACAUAUAUAUAUAUAGAGAAAGAGAGAGAAAAAAAGGGAGAGAGGGUGCUUUCCUCGACGGUCUAGCCGGAAGUUAUGACAAGCUCGCGCCUCAUUCAAGGACGAAAUAUUGUUCGCGCGCAUGUGUCCAGUAGUGGGAUAUAGUGUCAACGACAAGUCGCAGCUGCUCGCAGAUCUGGAUACCUUGCUGUCGACACCCGCCGGGCCCGGAUUGUCUCAUGUCAGGAUGCCGCUGGCGCGGUACGUACACUCGUACGGCUCGCCGUUGUCGGAGCUAGGACUUGCGGUGAGCGACUGUGCGCCUCAGACGUCGCGGGUCAGCUCGAACUUGCUCAGCAGCAGUAGUAUGGCGGUGAGCCGCGUCCCGAGCCCGCCGCCACCGGAAGUGAACACCCCCGUAGCCGAGAACUGGUGUUACACGCAGGUGAAGGUGGUCAAGUUCAGCUACAUGUGGACGAUAAAUAACUUCAGCUUCUGUCGCGAGGAAAUGGGGGAGGUUCUCAAGUCAUCCACGUUCUCAGCGGGGGCCAACGACAAGCUGAAAUGGUGCCUGAGAGUGAAUCCUAAGGGUCUGGACGAGGAGAGUAAAGACUACCUGUCGCUGUAUCUCCUUCUUGUUUCAUGCAACAAAUCCGAAGUCAGAGCAAAGUUCAAAUUUUCUAUUCUUAAUGCCAAAAGAGAAGAAACCAAAGCAAUGGAAAGUCAACGUGCUUAUAGGUUCGUCCAGGGUAAAGAUUGGGGCUUUAAGAAAUUUAUUAGGAGAGACUUUCUUCUGGAUGAAGCCAACGGACUGCUACCUGACGAUAAACUCACGAUAUUUUGUGAGGUUAGCGUAGUGGCAGAUAGCGUCAAUAUCUCUGGACAGAGUAAUACGAUACAAUUCAAAGUACCGGAAUGCCGAUUACCCGAUGAUCUCGGAUUGCUGUUCGAGAACCAAAAAUUUAGUGAUGUUACACUGACUGUAUCCGGAAGGGAGUUUCAAGCGCACAAAGCAAUUCUCGCAGCAAGAAGUCCCGUUUUCUCGGCGAUGUUUGAACACGAAAUGGAAGAGAGAAAACAGAAUCGUGUGGACAUUACCGACGUGGACCACGAAGUAUUAAGAGAAAUGCUGCGAUUUAUCUAUACCGGUAAAGCAGCAAAUCUUGAAAAAAUGGCAGACGAUCUGUUAGCCGCUGCGGACAAAUAUGCGCUGGAAAGGCUGAAGGUAAUGUGCGAAGAAGCGCUUUGCACAAGUUUAGCGAUUGAGAACGCGGCCGACAUUCUUAUCCUUGCCGAUCUCCAUAGCGCUGAUCAAUUAAAGGCGCAAGCGAUAGACUUCAUUAAUACACAUGCAACAGAUGUAAUGGACACUAUGGGUUUUAAAUCUAUGGUAAACUCUCAUCCACAUCUGAUAGCGGAAGCUUUUCGGGCAUUGGCGACUCAACAAAUCCCACCGAUCGGACAGCCUAGAAAACGGGUCAAACAGAGCUGAAAACAGUCACCGUUAAUCCCGGGCAUGACCUCCACAUCGCCCCCGCCACUUUUGCAUCCCUCUUGAACUUUUGUGUACAGUGAUAUAACGAAAUAUAGUAGUGCUAAAUAAAUGUUUCCUAGUGCGCCACCCUCUGGUCUAAGAAAAUCAUAUGGAACCGAAGCGAUAGAGAACCAACCAAGCGACAACUUUCUUGGUUGAGAAUGUCCAGUGAUCGACGGGAAAAGGAAAAAUAGAAGGAGGAAGAGGAGAGAAGACGAAGACAAAAAUGAUGAAGAAGAAGAGAAAGAAGAACCGUCUGUCCGUCCGUCCGGUCGGUCGAGGGCGAGUUUAAAAGAGCGUUUUCACACACAAUGCCCCAGACUUUUGUGUUCAAGUGAGUGUCAGUAGUAAAGAGAAUUCGGCGUGACGCAACCACCAUCAGCGUUCCAUCUCCGCACGUCGAGGAGGAGAGGGACGAGACGCUCAAAAGUAACCACACCUACACAUCCCUAAUACAUCCAAGUAAACACAGAAACUGUUACUUCUUGAGCGGCCUGUGCACGUGAGUCGGUUCAUCGCAGCACUAUCAUUGGGCAACGUGCUCGUUUUCUUCAAAAUGCCAAUUAUAUCGAUGCCAAUUGAUCAGUUCUCGGUGAUAUCGUAGAAAAUGUCAUACCAAGUUUAAACGUCGUCACCAUCAUGAAUUCUUGUUUUUGUUUCUCUGUCAUCGAACAAAAAAAAAAAAAAAACGAAUCGCGGAAGCACACGGCCGUGCGAGACGUUGAUAAACACCGAAUACAUAGCCAGAGAGGACCAAGAAGAGGCGAGGAACUUUUUCUCCACGUGACUCGCCGUCGCGAUCGUCGCAACACCAGCAAAGCGCGCGAUGCACGAAGGAAGUUGUGAUAGACGUCGGCUAGACGAUUUAAACAUUUUGUUCCUUUGUCGAAAGAAAAGAAAAUAAAAAAAAAAAUUGAAGAAAACGGAUCAAGCGGAUACCCUUUUAGCGCCGUCGCUCGACGUGUCAAGCGCGGAGAGAAUUAAAUACUUUGUUUUUACCGGUAGUAGUGAUUUUUUUAGUUUUAGCGCGUCUCAAACUCUUCCACAAAACGGAAUAAUUAUUACUAGUUAGUGUUCUUUUUUUAUGAUCUCUCUACGCAUACACAUGUACACAUGUAUGAUUAUUAUUAUCAUUAUUAUUAUUACUAUUAUUAUUAUUAUUACUACUACUACUACUAUUAUUAUUAUUAUUAUUAACGAUAUGCAAUCUGUGCCUCUUUUCUCCUGUGUAUUUUUGUACAUUUUUGUUUACAAAGAGAGAAAGAGAGAAAGAGAAAAAGAAAGAUAAACUUAUCUAUUCUUUUCCGCUCUUUCCCUUUCCUUCUUGCGAUAAAUCCUAUUUUCUGUCCUUUACGUUUCCCCAACGAUAGGCACAGUUUGUCUUGUUUUUUGGAGUAUUUCAUAUUGUAAGAAAAGUGAUAAGAUCGAAUUAUUAUUAUUAUUAAUUACUAUGUUAUUAAAUUUAGGGUUGUCCAUAAUUUAUUGGAUCUAUGUUGAGAGUAUGUCAGAAAUGUCUAUUUUACAUUUUCUUAUUAAAAAACAAAAAAAAAAACUGUAAUCCGCAAUUCGAAGUUGACACUCAACAAAUUCAACGAGUAUAGAUCAAAAAGAAAAAAAAAAGAAAGCGACAAAAAAACUAGAUUAAAAGAAUUGUAUAAUAAAAUAAAUGUUAGUCAAUUAUAGCGCGAUAAUUGUCUUUUCUUUUUGUCAUCGAUUGAGAAAGUAAAAAAAAAAAAAAAACUUUGUGUAUGG